AUAAGGAUGAGGCUUUGGUGGAGAAGGGUUCUGUCUAGUAGAUAAGAGCCUUAGUGACCGAAGGAGCUCUGGCUGCCAGAGAGCUUGAUGCCUGAGAAGAUUUUUUUUUUUCUCUGGUGUGCGAACGUGAAUCCUGACUGCUUUAAAGAUGUUACUUUGCUCUCUUAUUUGCCCUUUGGUGAUCCUUAUAUACAGUUCCAUAGGUCAGUGCUUCUGCAGUUCUUUCUUUGAGCAGCCUCAAAAAAGCAUUAACAGUAACACACAAGCAUGGUAACUACAAUGGGACCGCAAUUGUCUUCAAGCAAGAAGAAAAUCAUAGUUAUCAGCGCUUUAGCAGUCGCCAUUGUGACAAUCAUAUUAGGACUUGGUCUGGGACUUGGGCUACAGCUACAAGAAUGUCGCAACAAAGAGUCCGGUGGAGUCCCAACAUCCUGCAGGAACCGCUGCUACGAGCCCCCAGAAGAAGAAUCAAAGGGAUGCCGCUGUGAUAAAUUAUGUGUUAGCAGCGACAACUGCUGCAAUGACUUUAAAGACAUUUGUCUCCAGCCCACUGAGCAAUGGGAGUGUAACAAAGCCCGCUGUGGUGAGAAAAGGCUGCCAAAUAGUAACUGUCACUGUUCCGAUGACUGCCUGACUGUAGGGGAUUGCUGUACGAAUUACAAAAAUGUCUGUCAAGGUAAAGUAUUCACUGAUUUCCAUCCAUCCUUUACAAGGCAGCCCCUGCUUCUUAUCUCUUUGGAUGGAUUCCGAGCCGAAUAUCUUCAAACCUGGAAAAAGCUUAUUCCAGUCAUCGACAAGCUCAAAACCUGUGGGACUCAUGCUCCUUACAUGCAGGCAAUAUUUCCAAGCAAGACGUUUCCCAAUCAUUACAGCAUUGUCACUGGCCUGUAUGCAGAAUCGCAUGGACUGGUAGACAACAACAUGUAUGAUCCCAUCAUUAAUGCCUCGUUCAGCCUCAGUAACAGUGAGAAAUCCAAUCCCCAGUGGUACCUUGGACAGCCUAUCUGGCUAACAGCAAUGUACCAGGGACUAAAGUCAGGGACCUUUUUCUGGCCUGGAUCAGAUGUCAAAAUCAAUGGAACUUUUCCUGAUAUAUAUCAGGAAUAUGAUGGAAAAGUGCCUUUUGAAAAAAGAGUUUUCACACUGUUACAAUGGCUACGCUUACCAGCAGAAAAGAGGCCAGAUUUAUUUACUUUGUACCUCCAGGAACCAGAUAGCUCAGGACACAACUUUGGGCCUGUCAGUGGUGCGGUGAUUGAAGCUCUGAUGGAAGUAGACAGAAUCAUUGGACAGCUGAUGGACGGUCUUAAACAACUGAACCUACAUAAAUGCGUUAAUAUCAUUGUAGUUGCUGAUCAUGGAAUGGAAGAAACGAGUUGUCAGCGAAUGGAGUUUCUUCAAGAUUUUACCGGUAAUUUAAACCAGCUGUAUGUAUAUCAGGGUGCAUUUGGAAGAAUUCGCGCACGAAACCCUCAACAAAUCAUUGACUCAGCAGGGUUAAUGGCAAACCUAACAUGCAAGAAACCAAACCAGCGGAUUAAGCCCUUCCUCAAAGCCCAUUUGCCAAAGAGGUUUCACUAUGCUAACAGCAUUCGCAUUGAAGAUGUGAAUGUGUUGGUAGACAUAAAGUGGCUGUUUGCAAGGUCCCAAGGCUCUUAUACGAACUGUGAUGGAGGGACCCAUGGAUAUGAUAAUGACUAUUAUAGUAUGCAUGCUAUAUUUCUUGGAUAUGGACCCCAGUUUCUGUAUAAAACUCAGGUUGAGCCAUUUCCCAACACUGAGCUUUAUAACCUUAUGUGUGAUUUGUUGCAAAUUUCUCCUGCUCCUAACAAUGGCACGCAUGGUAGUCUGAACCACCUUCUGAGAAAACCAAAGUACACUCCUGAGUUCCCACAAGAAGUGACCAGACAAGAAGAGUGUCCUCUCACCUCUCUAACACCUGAAGACAACCUGAACUGCACUUGCACUGCCAUGGGUUCAUUAAAUCCUAAUGAUAGACUAAACCUGACAGCCUCUGAAGUGGCUGCUUGUGAAGAAAAACACAUGCCAUUCGGGAGACCCAGAAUGCUCCGUUUUGAUGAAAAAUACUGCCUGCUUCAUCAGCAGGGUUAUGUAAAUGCCUACAGCAAGACGUUCUUCAUGCCUGUCUGGUCGUCAUUCACUGUGAUAAAGCCUCAAAAUCUGGAACCCCUUCCUCCUGUCAUACCUGACUGUUUCAGAGCUGAUGUCCGAAUUCCAGCCAAUAUGAGCUCCAGGUGUGAAUACUUCUCUGGAGCAGUCAACAUCACAGAAGCGCAUCUGUACCCACCAAAUCUCAACAGUACCACAGACGAGCAAUAUGAUGGUUUACUGAUGAGCAAUGUUGUCCCUGUGUACCCAGCUUUUAAAAGAAUCUGGCUUUAUUUUCAUAGUGUGCUCCUGAAGAAAUAUGCCUUCCAGUACAAUGGUGUAAAUGUGAUGUUGGGUCCUGUGUUUGAUUAUAACUAUGAUGGACGUUUUGACACUCUGGAUGAAAUUGAACAGCAUGUCCCUGGAACAAGUAUACCAAUUCCCACACAUUAUUUUGUAGUCCUGACAAGCUGUGUGAAUGCAUCUCAGCCAGUUCUCAGCUGUAAAAAGCCAUUAAAGGCUGUCUCUUUCCUCAUUCCACACAGACCAGACAACAGUGAGGUUUGCAAUAAUCAUGAAGAUGAAUCUAAAUGGGUAGAGGACUUGAUAUGGUUUCAUCAAAGUAAGGUCAAAGAUGUGGAGUGGAUCACUGGACUGGACUUCUAUCAGGACAGUAAGAGGCCGAUUUCAGAGCUGCUGAGGCUCAAGACACGACCCACCUCAGCCAUCGACAGAGUGAACAACACUCCGGAGCUUUAAUAUUUUUUUAUUUUUUGUAGAAUUCAGCUAAAUGGAAUCUUAAAAAUGUUCUGAACCUGUGCAUAUAUUUGAUAGCUUUUGCUGGGAUUUGUAUGAAUUGUGAUUUCAUUUUUAUUUAUUCCGAAAAACAAGAACACAAUAAGAUGUGGAAGGCCACAAUAUGUAAUUUGUUACUUUCAGAUCAGUUCAGACUUUCAGCAGGAAUACAAGAGAACGCAUGAAAGAUUGCAAAGAAAAAGAGGCUAGUUGGCCCACUUUGGUGGCUAGUUAAUUGAUCUUAUCCAAUCGGGCUUAUUCAUGUCAGCAAUAUCCUUUGUGUCCCCUGUACUCAGUCCUAAGGAGUCUUUAUUCACUUUAUUCAUUUUCACAUGAGCCCUAGGACUAUCCUUUUGUCUAUUGCAGUGCCAGCACUCUUCUGGGAGGCUUUCCAGUAGUUUCGCUUUUAUGUUCUUGCAUCAAAUCACACCACAAUAUCCUCUGAUCAAGACCACAGAGCCGAAGCCCCUUGAACCUCUCAGUUAGAUACCUUUGAGCCCUGUCACCAAUUCUAGUGCCUUCCUUUCUAUUGAUUAUAUAACAGUAAUACCCUUUUUUUCUAAUGUGGUGGCCAAAAUUGUCAGCCUUAAUCUAAAUGUACGUAUUAUUAUAUCAUAUUUAAAUUUAAUGUGAAAUCAUACCUUCUUUUCUUGCUUCCCCAUUUUAUCUAUAAGAGGAUAUUGACAAUGUUUCUGCAACACCUAUAUUCUGCGCACAUUUUAAGAUGAAUGCCUUCCAUUUUUACUUUCUUUUUAACAGAAUCAUAAAAUAAACAAAUGCUGCACUGCUGUUCAGUUCAUUUUGUGUUCCACAAUGUUUUAAUUAAAGUGGAUUUCCAACACAUGUUUGGAUGAAUUUUUGAACUUAUAUUUGAUGCACAUAUGAAGUAAAGAUCUAAAUUCAGUUUUAAUAUUAUAUGAUUUUAUUAUAUUAUAAUAUUCUAUAACCACAGAUGGUUAUUCUGAUCCAGGGAAUGACAGAACCUAGGGUGGCAUUUAAUGUAUUGGUUAAAGAGAUCUGUAAGUGCUGGACUGUUGUGCAAAACUGUUUUUAAAGUAAUUUUGUUCCACAGCAACACCAUAUUUUAAUAUUCAGAAAUAUUAAAAUACACAGUCAUGAACUUGUAUUCAUGAAUUUGGACUAAACCUCCAUUUUAAAUCUGGUUUUUAUUCUUACUUUAGUUAGAAAUAAUCAUGACAAACAAGUUCUUCAUUCUAACAAAACCUUUUGAACAUCUUUUCCAAACAGCUAAUUUUAAGAUAUGAAUAAUAAAAUAUGGAGUGAACGUUAAUGCUGAAAUAGCAUUAAUACAUUGGUGUUAAGAAGGGGCUGAUACCCUACUUCUUGUGUUCUUGUUUGUGCACGUUCUCCUUGAGUGAACUCCACUUGAAUUAUGCCGGACAGUACAAUAAACUACUUCAAACAA